AUGGAUCGUGCAUGUGGGUCUGUGACUCAUCCUCCGUUUCUUGAUGAGAAUACUAACUAUGGGGCUUGGAAAGCUAAGAUGAAAUCUUUUCUGUGGGCUCAAGGUACAAAGGUGUGGACAACUAUUGAGAAUGGUUGGGAACCUCCAACAAAGGAAAUUAAAGGGCGUGGAAAAGAGGUUGAAGGUGAAGGCCAGUCGACAACAAAGGUUGUAAUUAAGCAAAAUACAGAGUGGACUGAUGAAGAAAACGAUAUGAGUGCCUACAAUCAAAAAGGUCUUAAUUCCAUCUUCACUGCGGUAUCAGCUGAAAAAUUUGAGUUUAUAUGUCAUUGCAAAACCUCAAAGGAGGCUUGGGAUAUUCUGGAAAUUACUCAUGAAGGAAAUGCCACUGUCAGAGAAUCCAAACUUCAACAACUGAUGACUAAGUUUGAAAAUUUGAAGAUGCUGGAAACUGAAAAAUUUGCUGAAUUUUACGCUAGAUUGAGUGUGGUGGUGAAUGCUUGCAGCAACCUUGGUGAUGCAAUUCCUGAACACAGAAUAGUGAAAAAGAUUUUGAGAUCUCUGCCUAUGAUGUAUCACGCCAAGAAGACAGCGAUUGAAGAGUGUAAGAAUUUGAACACUUAUAAACUUACUGAGUUAAUUGGUUCUCUUACCACCUAUGAGAUGGAAUUUCCAGAAAUAAAGAAAAGCAAGGGCAUUGCUCUAAAUACAGUGAAAGAAGAUGGGAGUGACAGUGUGUCAGAAGACAAAAUGGAUUAUGCUUUGCUUACAAAACAAUUUCGUAAGUUUUUGAAAUCUAAGAAUUCAAGGUCUGGUGAACAAAGAGGAAAUUCAGGUUCAAGUACAAGAGGGAGUUGCCCACGUGAGUUUACUUCUGACAAGUUAUCACAUACAACCAGAACUAUGGAGAGAAAGGGCUCUAAAGAUUCACUGAAAUGCUUUGAAUGUGGUGGAUAUGGACACUUUGCCUCUGAAUGCGCAAAUAAUUUGAGGAAGCAAAAUAGUGGGAAAAAUAAAGUAAUGGCAGCAACUUGGAGUGAUAGUGAAUCUGAUAAUGAUUCAAAUUCAGAAAAUGAAGAUCAAGUUGUUGCUUUCUCUGGGAGAAUUCAUGCGCAAAAGGAUGAGAACUCUGAUGUUGAAGAACCUGAGAUAGAAGUGGUGAUGAAGCAAUUCAACAGUCUCUAUGAUUCCUCUGAAAAACUGAAGAAGAAAAAUGCAGAGCUUGUUGAUCAAGUGGCUUUUCUACAAGACGAACUGACCAGGACUGAAGCUGCCUUUCAAUCCCAGCUGAAAACAGAAGAAAAUCUGCGUGGGUCUUUGCUUGAAAAAAUUCAGAUGCUCCAAGACAAGUACCAGCUGCAGAAAGAUAUGAAUGUUUCUCUUACUUUCGAAAGGGACCAUGCUAGUGCUGAAUUAAAAUUAGCAACGGAAAAAAUAUUUGGUAUGACCAUUGGUGCAGAGAAGAUUGAAAGGAUGUUAAGUCUGGGAAAAAGGGCUGGUGAUACGAGAGGUUUGGGUUUUGAAAGUGAAAAGUCUAAGCAAGAGGUCAAAGCUGUGAAAUUCAUCAAAGAAUUCUCUUCUACUGAAGCGAUUGUUAGCCCAAAGAAAUUUAUACCGAUCUGUCAUUUUUGUGGAGUUUUUGGUCAUAUACGGCCUAGAUGCAAUGUGCUUAGAAAGGAGAAGAGGUCAGCUUACUACUAUUCUCCAAGAAAUUUUAAUCCAUCUCAAAGAACCAAACUAGUGUGGAAAAAAAAGGAGGAAAAGUGCUUGGUGACUUUAAUGGCCUUAUCUGCUAGAAAAUCUGAUACAUGGUAUUUCGAUAGUGGUUGUUCAAGACAUAUGUCUGGUGAUAAAUGUUGGUUUACAAAUCUGAAUACAGAAUGUGUGGAAGGCUCUGUGACAUUUGGAGAUGGAAGUAAAGGUAAAAUUUUAGGGAAAGGAGAUGUUGAGACACUUGGCUUACCAUUCUUGAAAAAUGUCAUGUUGGUGGAAAAUUUGCAGGCAAAUUUGAUAAGCAUCAGUCAACUUUGUGAUGAUGGUAGCAGCGUGUGGUUUGAUAAAGAUCAAUGUUAUGUUGCUGAUUUUCAAGGGAAGAAGGUUAUGAGUGGCAUGAGAUCCAAAGAUAAUUGCUAUUGUAUUCAGGUGAAUGAGAACAAAAGUCUUGUGUGCAAUCGCGCUACUGAUGACGUGAUGGAACUGUGGCAUAGAAGACUUGGUCAUAUCAACUUUCGUGAUCUCUUGAAGCUGUCCAAGAAUGAGUGUGUCAGAGGUCUGCCAAAGCUGAGUGGUAAGUCUGCAGGAGUGUGUGGUGCGUGCCAAUUAGGUAAGCAAGUCAAGAGUGCUCACAAAAGCAUAUCCUACAUAUCAACAUCCCAACCAUUAGAUUUGCUGCAUAUGGAUUUAGUUGGUCCCAUUCAGACUGAGAGCAUAGGUGGAAAGAAGUAUAUGUUGGUGUUGGUGGAUGACUUUACUCGGUUUACUUGGGUUGAUUUUCUUCGUGAAAAAUCUGAUGCAUUCAAGAGUUUUCGUGGCCUAUGCAACAAAAUUCAGAUCGAGAAAAAUGCUUCACAUGUUACUGUCAUGAGACUUCGAACAGACCAUGGAACAGAGUUUGAAAAUGUAAGCUUUGCUGAAUAUUGUGAAGAGAAAGGAAUAAAGCACGAAUUUUCAGCACCUAUUACACCUCAACAUAAUGGGGUGGUUGAGAGGAAGAAUCGCACCUUGCUUGAAAUGGGACGUGUGAUCUUGACAAGUGCUAAGAUAGCGAAGAAAUUUUGGGCAGAAGCUAUUAGCACAGCAUGUUAUACAGCAAAUCGUGUAUAUCUUAGACCGGGCACAACUUCAACUCCUUAUGAGCUUUGGAAAGGGAGAAAACCUAACAUAAAGCACAUGAGGGUUUUUGGGAGCGUCUGCUAUAUUUAUAGAGAUAGAGAAAACCUAGCAAAGUUUGAUACAAGAAGUGAUGCUGGCAUCUUUUUGGGUUAUUCUCUCACUAGCAGGGCUUAUAGGGUGUUUAACAAGAGGACAUGUACGGUAAUGGAAUCAAUUAAUGUUGUUGUCAAUGAUACUGAUAUGUCAUUUGGUUCUUGUGCAGAUGAUGAUGAAGAUAUUAUUCCAGCAGCUCCUAGGCAAGAAGAAAAGGACAAGGUGGCUAACAUUAAUGAUGAAGUGCAUGCAGAAGAAGAUAUGUUUUCACCUCCUCUUAGACCUGGUGCUCGGCAAGUCCAAAAAGACCACACACCAUCUGAUAUUAUUGGAGAUUUAAAUGAUCAAAGAAAGACAAGAAGCCAAGUCGUUGCGGAGGUAACUCAUCUGUGCUAUGUUUCCAAAUUGGAACCAAAAAAUUCAAAAGAAGCACUUCUUGAUUGUGAUUGGAUCAUGGCUAUGCAAGAGGAGUUAGACCAGUUCACUAGAAAUGAUGUGUGGUACUUGGUUCCACGUCCCAAGGACUUGAAUGUGAUAGGUACAAAAUGGGUUUUCAGGAACAAAACUGAUGAAAAUGGUGUUAUUACAAGAAAUAAAGCAAGGUUGGUUGCACAGGGAUAUUCCCAAGUUGAAGGGUUGGAUUUUGAUGAAACUUUCGCUCCCGUGGCAAGGCUUGAAUCUGUUAGAUUGCUUUUAGCUAUAGCUUGUCAUAUGAGGUUCAAACUACACCAGAUGGAUGUGAAAAGUGCGUUCCUAAAUGGGGUUUUACAGGAGGAGGUAUAUGUAGAACAACCUGUAGGAUUCAAAGAUCCUUACAAUCCUGAUCAUGUAUAUCGUCUUAGAAAAGCUCUCUAUGGGCUGAAGCAAGCUCCUAGGGCUUGGUAUGAUCGGUUGUCAUCCCAUUUGCUGAAUAAAGGGUAUGUCAGAGGAGCUGUUGACAAAACUCUGUUUGUCAAAAAGACCAACAAGGAAUUGAUUGUUGCUCAGGUUUAUGUCGACGAUAUUGUUUUUGGGUCUACAUCUGAAUUUCUUGUAAAAGAAUUUACUGAAGUUAUGAGCAGCGAAUUUGAGAUGAGUAUGUGUGGGGAGCUGAGCUAUUUCCUAGGCCUGCAAGUCAAGCAACAAGAUCAUGGUAUCUUCAUUUCUCAAACCAAGUAUGCAAAAGACUUGGUAAAAAAGUUUGGUAUGAGUUCUGCCAAACCAACAAGGAAUCCCAUGGCUACACACAACAAAAUUGAUGCUGACCCUUCUGGAAAAUGUGUAGAACAAACACUUUACAGAAGCAUGAUUGGAAGCCUCUUAUAUUUAACAGCCAGUCGACCCGACAUCUCAUUCAGUGUUGGUGUAUGCGCUCGCUUUCAGGCAAAUCCAAAGGAGUCUCACUUGAAUGCAGUCAAGAGAAUCAUCAGAUAUGUAAGUGGUACUCCAACUUUAGGUGUAUAUUAUUCAUUUGACUCAAAUUCUGAAAUUGCAGGUUACACCGAUGCCGAUUGGGCUGGAAACGUUGAUGAUAGGAAGAGCACAUCUGGAGGGUGCUUUUAUGUAGGUAAUAAUCUUGUGUCUUGGCAUAGCAAAAAGCAAGCUUGUGUUUCCUUGUCUACAGCCGAAGCGGAAUACAUUGCUGCUGGAAGUUGUUGCACACAACUACUAUGGAUGAAGCAAAUGAUGAGUGAUUACGGCAUUCAUCAAGGUACUUCAACUCUUUUUUGUGAUAAUCUGAGUGCAAUAAAUAUUUCCAAAAAUCCGGUUCAACACUCACGAACAAAACACAUAGAUAUUAGGCAUCAUUUUAUUCGUGAAUUGGUUGAAGAAAAGGUGGUGAGUCUUGAGUUUGUUUGCACAGAAAAACAAUUGGCUGAUUUGUUUACAAAACCAUUAGACACUAUUCGUUUUGAAGCUCUCAGGAAGUCUCUUGGUAUUUGUUCCAUUGAAUGA